CCUCCCCGCCUCUAUGGGCGGCAGUGAGAAGAUGGCGGCGGCUCCGGGUUGUGGGGCGAUGCGGAGGGUCCAGAUGGUUCUGGGACACCUCUCCGGCCCUUCCCCGGUGCCGAGCACCGGCACCGGGAUUCGGGCCGCACCGUGCGGGAGCCGGACCGCCAGCCCCGAUGAUGUGGUGGUGGUUCACGGGCGGAGGACCGCCAUCGGCCGUGCCAAGCGAGGCGGCUUUAAGGAUACUACACCUGAUGAACUGCUGUCUGCUGUUAUGACAGCUGUCCUACAGGAUGUCGACCUUCAUCCUGAGGUCCUGGGAGACAUCUGUGUGGGAAACGUGCUGCAGCCUGGAGCUGGUGCUUUGAUUGCAAGAGUUGCACAGUUUCUAAGUGGUAUUCCAGAGACAGUGCCAUGCAUGAGUGUGAACAGGCAGUGCUCCUCUGGGCUCCAGGCCAUUAUCAAUAUAGCUGGUGGCAUCCGAAAUGGAUCAUAUGACAUUGGCUUGGCCUGUGGUGUGGAAACAAUGUCCCUCAGAAGUGCAAACAACCCUGGUGAUAUCAGUUCCAAUAUGAUGGAAAACAGCAAAGCUCGUGAUUGCCUUAUUCCCAUGGGAAUAACCUCAGAAAACGUUGCAGAGAAGUUUGGAAUUUCCCGAAAGAAGCAAGAUGCCUUUGCCCUGGCUUCCCAACAAAAAGCAGCAAAAGCUCAGCAGAUGGGACUGUUUAAAACUGAGAUUGUUCCAGUGAAAACCACAGUUCUAGAUAACCAGGGCAACCAGAAAACAAUCACAGUGAGCCAAGAUGAAGGGAUUAGGCCCUCCACAACCCUGGAAGGUUUGGCAAAGCUGAAGCCUGCUUUCAAAGAGGAUGGUAGCACAACAGCAGGUAAUUCCAGCCAGGUCAGUGAUGGAGCAGCUGCUGUUCUCCUGGCAAAACGCUCAAAAGCAGCACAACUGGGACUCCCAGUCCUGGGGGUGCUCAGGUCCUUUGCUGUGGUUGGGGUCCCACCAGAUGUUAUGGGCAUAGGCCCAGCUUAUGCCAUCCCUGUGGCUGUGGAGAAGGCAGGUCUGACUCUGAAUGACAUUGAUAUAUAUGAAAUUAAUGAAGCCUUUGCAAGCCAGGCUGUGUUCUGUGUUGAAAAGCUGGGCAUUCCCCUGGAGAAGGUCAACCCCCUGGGAGGAGCAAUAGCACUGGGACACCCACUGGGCUGUACUGGUGCUCGCCAAGUUGUCACUUUGCUCAAUGAACUGAAACGCAGAGGGAAAAGAGCAUACGGUGUUGUUUCCAUGUGCAUUGGGACAGGCAUGGGUGCAGCAGCAGUGUUUGAGUACCCAGGGAACUAAACUCCAGUGCACAGCUGAAGAAGCAACACAACAUCUGCUUUGCUGCCUUCUCCAGUAACAACACAUUAUUUACACUGUGAAAUCAAGUGGAUUCAUUGCUCCAUCUACAAAUUUUAGGUACAAAUUGAGAAGCUAAAUAUAUCAUUGAGUUUCUAGUGAGUAUAUGCUGAAAAAAUACCAAACUGUCAAAUGGCAUCCUGACUUGAAAAGAGAAAUUAAUUCAGCUGAAGUUCAACUACAAGCUCUUACAUGGUGAUUAUGAAUUAAUACUUCUAAUUUAAUUGAUCAGAAAGAGAUCCGUGAAUUUGAAUUCAGAUCUUAAUCUGAAUAAAGAGCUGUGAAUAUUACCAGGGAGAAGUAGUUCAUGGUACAGUACUUUUGUAUGACAGAUUAUCUAGAAUGGUUCCUCAAAAUUAAAACAAUGCAAGUGAAAAGGCUUUUCCAGGAUUUUCUUAAAAGAUUUCACCAUCUUGCAACAAGUCUGGAGCAGUGUAUAUUGAAAGCAGUGCAAAGACAACAUAAUUUUCUUCACAACACUGUCCAUCCAAGCCCAGUCAUAAGUUGGCUGGGUCUUAAUUUAUCCCUGUGCUGGAGGAUGUGCUGAAGCUUCCUGCUUUUAACCAAGCUGCUCAGAAGCCUCCAGUGGGGGUGAGUGGAAGGACUGGAAUAUAAUUUACACAGGAGCACACAAACCACUGAGGUGCCUGUACAGAAAGGGUUUGGUGAUCAGCUAGAAGCCAGGGAUUUCAUAGUGCCCAUUCCAUCUUUUACAAGACAUCUUUUUUUACAUUUCUAAUAAUCAAUGUGUGGCUUUUAGAGGAUGAGCUUAUACUUAAUAAUAUCUACAUUUCCCAAUGUGAAAUAGAUUUCAGCAUUAUUCUUACUGCAAGUACUACAUGAACAUCUGUGACAUCUCAGUACUUCAGUCCUAAAACAAAUGUGUAUUUCAUUUCAUGUUCUCCCUUACCUGUUUUUUACAAACAAAAAAGAAUCAUGGAAACCCAGAGUUAACAGCUGGGAAGAGAAAUGUACUCAUGAUCUCUGACAUGUUAGAAAAAAUUUAAAUUUGCAAUGCAGGCCCAAGUUCUUUGUCCUUUUUUUCUUGUAUUUGCACUUGCCAAUACAAAUGGGUUCUUGCAAUAUAUUUGUUUUCUUCUUACAGUGGUUGUUGGUUGAAGGCUGUGAUUAGUCUGAGCUAUUUGAUACCCAGCACCCUGUACUGCAGCCCAUCUCACUCACCUUAUUUUAGAGCAAAAAAGGAUGAGAUCAAGUCAUGGGGGCAGAGAGGCAGAAGCAUUUUCAAGGGUCCUUUUUUCACAGAGAGGUUCCUGUGUAUAAACUGAGUUCUCAGUGCUAGUACAAGUCUGUUUUAAACUGGGCAGAAGGCAGCUAGCACACAGUUUUUGUUUUCCUCUGGUGUAGAUUGCAGCCUUCUCCUCCCCACACACACUGACUUGAACAAAAACCUUUUAUAUGAAAGGAGUGGAAAACUUAAGAGGUUUAGAAGUGGGAAUUUCAGUGACCUUUAGCUGAAGUAAUACUAAAAACAUGUAAAGAGAAGUGUGAGUGAAUGGGAACCAUGUGGGGGGAAAGAUUUAAAAAGGAAGAAGGGUUCCUCCCUCUGUAGCUGGGGGGAUGUUCUCAGUACUCAGGCUGGUAAUUUUCCAAGGAGUCCAGGGAAAGUUGCCUCUUCCCCUUUUCAUGUAAGGCACCAAGAACUCAGCCCAGGGAAUGCUGGCCUGUGAACUAGUGGAUUUUAUUGUGUGUCACUCUCUGUUUUAAUGCCAAACAAUUAGGGCAAAACAAAAGUGAAUUUCUAAGUUAAAAGCAGUCUUUAAUUGUGAUCUGAGGCAUAGUGGGACAGGCAGAGGGGCUGGGUCUGUUACCAUGGCUGCUUUGCAAUAUAAAGCUGAUUAUUUUGCUGAGCCCAGUUCUGUGGGUAGGGGUAAGGUUAUCACAGUAAUAACAGGACAGACUGAGCUGGUAUCUGUUUACUUUAAAGUACCAUGAGCUUUUUUCCUCAUAAAUUAAAAUUUCAUUCUGCUAAAAUUUCCAUCCAUAUUAAAACAACUGAAAGAAAUGAAAACCCAGGCUCAAACGACUGCACAACUCCAACCCAUUACCUUGACAUUUGUCCCACACUGGUUUGCUUAUAUUAAAUACAGAUUUUCAUACUUUUCAUCAUAUGUUCCCUGGCCCCUGAUCUGUAGCCUGCAAGGGUUCUCUCCCAGCAUCCCAGAAAUGGUCACAGUGGUUGCAUAUUCAGUGUCACUCCUAAAAUGCAGAGCAAAGAGACAGUUCAGUCACAGCCAGGUGCAGUUCUCUGGUUAAAGAUGA